AGAUUCAGCGCGAAGCUAAGCGGGAGUCGAUGAUGGAAAUGCAGAUGCCAUCUGGAGGUGGUGGCGGUAGUCGCGGGGGCGGCGGCGGUCGUGACGACAGAGGAGGUGACAGGAGAAAACGUGGUGGUGGCGGCCCUAGCGAAGAUGGGUGGCAGUCGGUCCAAAGGAAGAACCUUGACACCAGCAAGUUGCGGAUCAAAGUGUCUGACCCGACGAGUGUAUUGCUGGGUGGAAGCAACCAGUUUGCUGCCUGGACACAAGGGGCAGGUGGCAACUCCGACUCGGACCACAGCUCGGCGUUCCCCCAGACGAGCAACACGUUUGCCGCGCUGCAGGAUGUCGAAGACAAGAAGAGCGGUGUCGGCAUGUUCAGUGGGCCGUAUGGAAAACAGCCUCCUCCGAGCAACACGGAACGUGAGAAGGCCGUGAACUCUUUGCGUAAUUUUGUCUCUGCCGAGAAAGAGGAACGCCAGGCCCGAACGGCGAGCAGCAGGACGCCUUCUCGAUCGUCGUCACGCGAAGGCAGCUCGGCGAGGCAGACUCCCGCUCCUUCAUCUUCGCAGAGCCACGACGAUCUGGCUGCUGUGGUGCAACCUGUGGCUUCCGGUUCUUCCGCCAUCUCGGACCGAGAUACCCGCAAAAACUUGCCGCACCUGAAUCCGGACCAAGUUGCCAAGAAGAUUCAGUUUAUCUUGGAGGAAUUUGUGACCAACAACAACUUCCAAGAGAGUGCGCUGUGUGUAUCGGAGACAUUCCCACCUUCCAACAUGGGCAACUUCGUCGUAGAAACGAUGAACAUCUUACUGGAGCGGUCGGCGACCGUCCGGAGCGGUGUUGGAAAGCUGAUGGGCCACCUCAUGAAGGAGGGCAUCCUCACUACGGAACAGUUCCUAGAAGGGUUCAAAGAGAUUGCGGAAGUUGCUGAUGACUUGGCCAUAGAUGUGCCGAAAGUGUGGCUGUACUUGGCUGAAAUCCUUGUUCCAAUGCUUUCUACUGAAGCACUAACCUUUUCGGAUUUGAAAACUGCCGCCACGGGACUGCACAAGUUGGUCGUCGAAAUCCUUCGUCUUCUCGUGAAAGAAAAGGGUCCUGGCUGGGUAAGGCAGAGGUGGGACGUGGCUGGAAUGAGUUGGAAAGAUUUUGCCCCUGCCGACAGUAUAGACCGAAUUGUGAAAGAAAAUAAGCUGGAGUUCACAGUGGGCCCCGCAGGCGAAGUGGCGCCGUUGACGCCGGAGAUGAUCCACACGAAGCUGCUGCAGAUGUUGCGGCCGGAGCAAGGAGCGCCUGCCACCACUGACGAAGACACCAAGUGGAUUUCUGCAAAUGUAGGAGACCGGGCUAAGACACCAGAAUUCAUCCGUGUGCUGACGACAGCUGUGUGCGAGAGUGCGUAUCAGGCCGCGGGAUCCAAGAAGUUCGAAGAGGCACUGUUCUCGAAGCACGCGACACUCCUCCAGAAGUACAUAGACACUAAUGAGGAGCUGGAGCUGCACUGCUUGUACGCUGUCCAGGAGCUGAACCACCGCCUCGAGCAGCCCAGUGGUCUGCUGCGAGACUUAUUCCAGGCGCUCUGGGACUACGGCUGUGUGGCAAACGAGACGUUCCUGAGAUGGGAGCAGAGCAAAGAUCCAGCAUUCCUGCAGGGCAAAGGCGUCGCACUGAAAUCUCUGACGGCAUUCUUUACUGCACUGCGGGAGGCCGAUGACGACUUGAGCGAAGAGUGUGCCUCGGGCCAGUGAUAAACGGGGGAGGUCUCUCUGCUGUCGCGGAGAUUUCAACUCGGCACUGGGGAACGAGAGAGUAGAGCAUGGAACUUCAUCGAACGGCCUCUGUAUUCCUUGCCUCCUAAGGAGGUCGUGACGUUAGGACUUUGGGAUAUGAAAAUUUAUAUAUACAUAUUAUUAUUAUUAUAUAUAAAUACUUGACUAUAAAUACUGCAGAGA